AUGCAAUUUGACGAAAAUGAUCUAAUGGCCAUGGACGCAGUGUCACGCUCCAUAGUGUCGCUUGUUCCUCUGGUGUUCCCGCAGUCUAUAUCAAUAGAAGACAUUGUACUCACUAGAGUAUGUUGUUCAGAGGCAGACAUGGACGAAUCCAUGCUAGACCAGCUAGUGGAGGUGAUACACAAAUGUAUGGGUAAAUUGUACGUAAAGCAUAAAGGAAAGAAUUGGCGGGAGGAAAAACUCGACGAAUUGACAGAGCCAGGUUUGGUUUUUACGUGGUAUAAAUGUGGAAAUGAUCUUGCUGCUUUCAUCGCUUUUAAAUUGGUUGAGGAGCUGUAUGGCAAAACAUUAUACUUGUACGAGAUACAAGUUCUUCCGAAAUAUCAAGGUAAGCAUCUUGGGACGGACUUGAUGAAGUACUUCCACCGUAUGGCUUUGGUGGUCGACGCUGCGUCCACUGACUCUAAGGUGCCUUACCAUGCAAUUUUAACCACCAAGGCAACGAGCCUAACUGUGUUCUCUGAUAAUGUCAAGGCGUUCGCGUGGUAUACCAGAAUGGGAUACAUUCCAUCUCCGGAUUGUUCGGUUGAUCGAAAGCUCCGUGGCGGAAAAGUGGUCAAACCUUCCUUCUACUUAUUAACAAGACCAAUAGAGAGUCCAGAUAUAGAUGAUGUAGAAAAUGAUAAUAUGCUUUAG